AUGUCUAGUCAGAUGAGGCGUCUCAUGAUGAAGCAGCGACAGAAUGGUCGCUACUAUCAUGGCCAGCAGCAGCAGCAGCAGCAGCGCCAAAGGGAUUAUGCUGAUGAGGUGCACCCUUCCACCAGACGAAAUCAACGUGAUGAUGUCGACAAGAGAAGUACAACAGGGAAAAAUAAACGUUCCCGCGGAGAGGAAGGGAUACAGGCCACUGCUGCAAAUGGUGAGGAAGUUAUUGAACGACUUGGAAUCAUCCCCAAAGUUACGCUUGAUGAGAUGGGUGGACUCGCAAAAGAGAUACCGAUUAUUAAAGAAUUGAUCGAACUGCCCAUCCGCUCACCUCAUUUGUUUAGCCGUCUUGGGGCGGAUCCUCCAUGCGGUGUACUUCUUCAUGGCCCACCAGGGUGCGGUAAAACAAAGUUGGUGCAUGCAAUUGCAGGCUCACUAGAGACACCACUAUUUUUUGUGGCGGCACCUGAAAUUGUUUC